GGGUUUAGAGUAUGCUUCUUAUUAGUGAUUCGAGGAGACCAUACAUUGUUUUUGCACAAUAUUCGUAGACUUUUAGGCGAAUUAGAAGCUCGUACUCCAGCCAAGACGUGUUUCCUCACCAUCGACACCACAUUCCCACAAUUUCCCGGUGCCGAAAUGUGGAAUCCUCCUAAUGGUAUCAGCGAGGACUGUUUGAAUAUGAAUAUAUGGGUACCGGCUAAUCAUGAUGGCUCUGUGCUUGUAUGGAUUUUUGGAGGAGGUAAGCUUCAGACUGUUCCUAUUCUACUACGUAAGGAACAGCUUGCAAAUAUCGCCUAUUCUCUCUCUGCAAAUUUAUUGGGACCAUUUGGUUUUCUCUACCUCGGCGACGAUUCACCAGUACCAGGAAAUAUGGGUCUACUGGAUCAACAAGUGGCACUACGUUGGAUACAUGAACAUAUCGGCUCAUUUGGCGGCGAUCCGACUCGAGUUACGCUUUUCGGUGAAUCGGCAGGCUCCGCUGCUGCCACUGCCCAUAUUGCUGCCCCAAACAGUUAUACAUACUUCAAUAAAAUAAUCGCUAAUAGUGGAACGAUUAUGAACUCGUGGGCAAGCCGAACACCAGACACCAUGUUAGAGUUGUCGUUGAGGCUUGCCAAACGGCUAAAUUGCACAGCGAGAGGCACGGAUGCCGCCGCAAUACAUAACUGCUUACGUGCAGCUCCAGCCGGAGUUAUACAGGUAGAAGCCGACUCUGUUUCAAGUGACAUCAAUCUGCCGAUGACAUUUGCUUUUGUACCCGUCAGUGCUGAUAAGAAUUUCUUUCAAGGCGAUGUAUUCGAAAGGCUUCGUAGUCGUAAUUUCAAAAAAGAUGUUAGUGUCAUAAUUGGUACAGUGAAGGAUGAAGGCACAUACUGGUUACCGUAUUAUAUGAAUCGUUAUGGUUUCUGGUUCAAUCAUACGAUAUCAGCCGAAGAUCCCCAAAAUAAGGCAUUGAUAACGAGCCUUCAUUCCGAGCAAUCGGUCCGGCCAUGUAUGUCGGCGUUUGUAAGAUCAAUGAAUCGGUCUUCGCUUCUAAAAUAUGUAUUUCUGUUCAGAGAGCAAUUGCGAGAUGGUGUGGGACGAUUUCUUGGUGACUAUUUCUUCACAUGUAGCCUCAUCGAAUUUGCCGAUAUAAUAGCAGACAAUGUCUAUGGCCCAGUGUAUAUGUACUACUUUACAAUGCGAUCCACUGCAAAUCCUUGGCCGAAAUGGAUGGGAAUCAUGCAUGGCUAUGAAAUUGAGUAUGCUUUUGGGCAGCCGCUAACUAGGCCGUCACUUUACGAAAAGAGCUAUCUGGGAGUUGAAAUACAGUUCUCUGAACUGAUCAUGAAGUUAUGGACUGAUUUUGCCAAUACAGGUCUUCAUCGCGAUGAUUUCUUUUUCAGUACUCCGGCACCGUAUUGGCCAAAAUAUAAUAGAAUAGAGCGCAAAGCUUUAGUACUCGGUGAAGAGUCGACGAGAGGAGAGCAUCGAAUCCUCACCGAUAUUCAUGGAGCUGAAUGCAGACUAAUCGACGAGGCGGAAACCGUAGCUGGACAAGUUUCUGAGUGUCGUGCUCGUCGUACCCAACCAGCCGCAGCAAUUCAAGGCAUUACGAAUGGUCAAAACAGCCUUACUGCCAGUGUGUUCGCAGUCGUCUUCGUUUUCAUCAAAGCGCUAACUAUCACUUGA